CUCCAGUUCAGUGCAAGAUGCUGCGCAGUCUGGAAAGGUCUGUCAGAGGAUCCUGGCUCCCCACAUUUGGAAGAGAGUAAAAACCCUAGAGCCAGUGGUGCUGGAAGGCUCUGCUCUGGAGGAGGAAACAGAGCUGGAGCUUGGGGACCCAGAACUACAGUGCCCCUUGGAGCAGAAGAACAUGAUGACGGUGACAGAUGAGUCUGGCAAGAAGUUUUACUAUAAAAUAGUGCCCAAGCCUCAGACCUUUGAAAGGGCCCAGGGCGGGAAAAUGACCUCCCACUGGGUAGAUGGCACCACCUGGAAUUUCUCCAACUGGGACUUUGGAAACCCCACUAAGCUUUGGAAAACAUGUUCCGCCUUGAGCCCCAUAGAUGGUCAAUGGACUGGUCUCACCUGCUACCACCUUCAGCCCUUCAUCUGCAAGUACUGAGGUGGCUACUUCCAGCCAUGGGGCCCACAUCCACUCCACUGCCUCCACCCUCCCAAGCUCUGCUGGAUGUCCCUGCUCCUAGUGCCUCCCCCCGCCCCCGGCAGUAGGUCCUGGCCCUGCCCCAUCUCCUGGGUAAGGACAACGCCUCCAUCCCCCUCACUCUCUCCCUUUCCCUGCCCACAUAGUAAUUGCCUGAUGUUCCUGCAAUAAAAUGAUGUGUCACUGGA